AUGUCCGAAUCUAACAGUAAAUGUCCUAUUUCGUUUACUGUUGUAUCUCCACAUGGAACAAUUGCAACUGCAUCAAAUCCUGAAUUACAUACAAGACAAGAUAUAAACGAUAAACAACUUAAUCAAAAUGAAAGAUUAUUAAUAAGUUCAGUAUUUCCAUUUCAACGUUCAUUUCCUUCUGAACCUCCAAUCGAAUAUAAUCGAUUACGAGCUGAACAACCGAUAUAUCGUGUUGCGUUAAUGAAUGGUGAUCAAGUUUGGUUAAUAACUCGAUUUGGUGAUGUAUGUCUUGUUCUUGGUGAUGAUGAACAUUUCAGUAAAGUUCAAAAUCAUUCUAAUUUUUCUAAACAAAGUUAUCAAGACAUUAUUGAUACUGAUGAAGAACAUGCUAGUUUGUUGAACAUGGACCCAACAAAACAUAUUAUUUAUCGAGAAAUAAUUGAAAACGAAUUAUCUAUUGAUCGAAUAAAAGAAUAUGAACCAAGAAUGAAAAAUAUUGUUGAUGAUUUACUCAAUGAAUUAAUUAAUCAAAAUCCACCGAUUGAUUUCGUUUCUCAGUUUGCUAUAAAAGUUCCUUCAUUUAUUAUUUAUGAUUUACUUGGCAUUAACAAAAUUGAUCAUGAAUUUCUCAUUAGUCGAAAUCGAAUUAAUAAUAAGUUGGAUGAAGCUCAAACAGCUAAUAAAGAAUUGUUGGACUAUAUUAAUCGUCUUAUUGCUAAUAAAAAACAAACGCCAGGAUCUGAUAUAAUUAGUCGACUCAUCAUUGAACAGUUGCGACCUGGAAGAAUUAAUGAAAAAGAAUUAGUUAGUAUUAUUUUACUUCUUCUUCAAGGUGCGAAUGAACCAAUAAAAAAUUUAAUAUGUUUGGGUAUUAUUAGUCUUCUUCAAAAUCAUGAACAACUCGAUCAACUUCGUGAAAAUUUAUCAUCAAUUGAUGCAGUUGUUGAAGAAAUUCUUCGUUAUCAUACUGGUUUAAGUUUUAUUACUCAUCGAUUGACAAUGAAAGAUGUAAAAAUCAAUGGACAGAUCAUUAAAACUGGUGAAACCUUAUUUGCACUUAAUGCAUCGGCUAAUCGCGAUGAACAGGUAUUUACUGAUUCUGAUCGAUUUGAUAUUUUUCGUCCUCCACAACAUCAUCUUUCGUUCGGCUAUGGAACUCAUCAAUGUAUUGCAAUGCAUCUUGUACGAGCUCAAUUGAAGACUGUAUUUAUUAUUAUUUUUCAACGAUUGCCCAAUCUUAAAUUAGCUCGAUCUAUAGACGAUAUUCAAUUUAUCAAUGAUCAUAAUAAAGAUAUUGGUGUUCAAAAGAUGCUUGUUACAUGGUGA